AAAAUAAAAUAUAUUUGAAAGUGUUUAAAAGUAUCGUCCCAAUGUCUUACAGGCUUAAGAAGAUUUUAAGCACUAUCAAUAUUUGAAAAUAUUCUUGCUCAGACAAAGCAAAAUUGGAUUGGUAAUAUGGUAGAAAGUGCACCAAAACACCAGUCAAAUAGAUUCAAAAAUUUGCUGAAUUUCGAAUUAUCAACCCCUUUAUUUGAGUUUGCUUACCAGUGUGCGCUGGUUGGAUACAUAAUUGACUUGUGGCUCAAGGUUAUAUAAGGCCUCCCAAACUCAUAUAUCCACAAAAAUCAAAUAAUCAACUCCUCCUUGGAAAUCAUGUCGAGUCCGACCACUCAAGCCAGGAGUAAACAGAUCCGGACUCUUCGAAAAUAAACACAAGCCUCACCAAAUUGAUCGUUUAUAUCGACCUGAAGUUAAAAUGAAACUGCUGGGACUUGGGGCGCAGGUUUUGAGGCUCAAAACUGGCACGCAGAGUCGCUCUGCGAAAACUUGCCCCCCGGAAAUUCGCGAGCCCUUGCCGUGCUGUCGCAAAAAACGCUUUUGGACUUUUAAACGAGUGCUAUGUUUUUCCACGUUAACCUUUGGCGCCGGGGUUUAUACGGGUAUCUAUGUCUCACAGAACUAUGAGGUCCCCCGAGUGGAUGAUCCCCAGAAACUGAUCCAGCGUUUCAACGAGAAACUCAAGGAACUAGUGGAUCAAACCAAGAACAAGUAACAGCCUUGAUCGGCCGGCGAGAAACUAGUGGAUGACAUCAAAAAGGAGGCCAAGAAGAUACUAGACGACUGACUGGCGAAAUAAGUCCAUAUUUUUAGUUUAAACAAAUUUAUCUAUGAUCAAAUAAAGAGAAGAUAUACGUGUAAAACUAGACAAACGAAA